AUUUGAAAGCACAAAAAAGUUUAGGCCUCAUAUUCGUCUUCUCCCCGUUUCUCUUGGAACCUCCUCAAAUGGCUGAGCACAAGCCUGAAGAAAUCAAAGACUACCAAAUCAUGAUUGCAAACAAAGGAGAUAUCAAAAAGCAGCCAGCACCCAAGAGGAGCUCAAACAAGGACAGGCACAAGAAAGUUGAUGGCAGGGGGAGAAGGAUAAGGAUGCCUGCGCUGUGCGCGGCGCGGAUUUUUCAGUUGACGAGAGAAUUGGGUCACAAGUCGGACGGAGAAACAAUUCAGUGGUUGUUACAUCAGGCGGAGCCGUCGAUCAUAGCGGCAACUGGAACCGGGACAAUUCCUGCCUCAGUUCUGGCUGCUGCAGAGGCCUCUGUUUCUGAACAGGGGAACUCUCUUUCUGCAUCUUUGGAUACAAAGGUAGGCGCGCUGGGAACCAGUGUUGGGCCCAGAGACAGACCCAACUGGACAGUGAUGAGUGGGGGUUUGGGAAGAUCUCAUGGAUCAAGUGGAGUAUGGCCUCCAGGGUUCGUUCAUAAUCCAGGACAGUCCAUGGCAGUUCCAAAUUUUGGCAGCGACAACUCAUAUAAUAUGCAGAAAUUUGGGCUUCAGGGGGUUGAAUUUCCCAACAUGAAUAUGGGUUUUGUGAGUUUUUCCUCCAUGUUUAAUGCUAGUACGCAGCAAGCUCCAGGUUUGGAACUUGGGCUGUCCCAAGAUGGGCAACUCGGAGCUCUGAGUUCACUAGCUUUAAGUUCUUUUUAUCAGCAGAUUGGGCAGCAGCGAGGUGGCCCUGGUGGCGGAGGUCACUUGAAUCAGCAACACCAGCCACCGCCAUCGUCCGAGAAGCAUGAUUCUCAAGAAUCUAGACAGUAGAGGUGUUAAGAAAAGCUACUUAUUUGCAGAAAUUUUGAUCUUAUGGAGUAACAUAGAAGCGGACUGGUUUACUGCUGAGAUUUCGAAGGAUGAAAUUUGAAGAAAGGAAUUGGCGUAUUGUAUGACAAUUGUUCUAGGGUUUGCUUCUUUUUUCUUUUUCUUUUUCCUUUUUCUUUUGGUUUGUGGAAUUUCAACAUGUGUUUACAUAUUAAAAAUGUAUUUUGCAGUUCAAAUUAUAUUGAAUCGUAAAACAAUAACUAUUAAAUUAGGGA